AGAUUGAAGGAAAGGAGUAAUAAAUAGCUUCCUGUUAUAUAGCAACUAAUAAAACUCAACCUAUUUGAAUAAAAUUAGAUUAAUUUUUUCAGAGAUUUUAUAAAUCAAAUAGAAAUUUAAUAAAAACAAUAUAAUAAAAACGAAAUCAAAAAAUUUUUAAUAAUCAAAAACUAUCUUAUUAUUAGUAGUAUUAAUUAAAUGGACUUUUAACAAGACAAUCAUUAACCAUAAGGGUUAUAUGGAUCAGAUGAUAAUUACUAAAAUUCAUUUGGAUCAGCAAACGUAAAACCAUCAGCUGAUGUCGAAUCAUAACCAGGUAGCGCAUAAAAAGAACCUCAAUAAUAGCCUUAAGAAAACCAAUAAAAAGCUACUGGAUGCUGUGGAAUUUUUUCAAUUGAAUAUUAUCAACCUUUCUUCAACGUCACAAGCGCUGAAGUAAAGAAGAAAUUAAUAAAUGUUUUAAUUCCAAACAAGCCCGAAUUUUAGAGUAAAAAAACCCCUGAUUUAUGGGGCCCUUUCUGGGUGUUGACAACAGUUAUUUUCUUAUUGUGCGUUUGUGGUAACCUUUCAAGUUAUAUUUCAAAUCAAGAAAAGUAUGAAGUUGACUUUAAAUAUGCUCCUCUAGCUGCUGCUUUGAUUUAUGGUAUUGGUAUAUGUUUCCCUGUCUUACUAUCUAUAUUGAUUAAGUGCUUCGGUGGUGAAACUACUCCUUUUGAAGCUAUCUGCUUAUAUGGAUACUCCAUGGCUUGUUUUGCUAUAGUUGCAGCUUUAAACACUAUUCCUUUCUCAUGGUUAUAAUGGAUUUUAACUGUUUACGGAUUCAUUAAUUCUACAAUCUUCAUCUUCGUUAACAUCUAUGGUGACAUUAGAAACCUCCCAAGUUAAAAGAAAUACAUUAUUUUAGGUGUUAUUGGAUGCUUCUAAAUUGCAUUUAUGCUUUCUUUCAAGCUUUUCUUCUUCGACGUUUUCUCAUGA